AAUCCCCAAUCAUCUUCUACAUCUAAACCCUAGCCACCGGCUUCACCGAUCUGCAGAGGGAGAUGGGAAGGUCUCGAAGGAAGUACAAGAGAUCUCGGCCAAAGGUCCAGGUCGGCCUGCCGAAAAGGCACCCUAAUGUUUUCAAGCCGUCGUUCUGCAUGCCGCCGAAGCUCCGCUCCUUGCUCGGCGAACAAUUUGAAGAAGAUCCGGCAUGGGAUGAGAAAGCCAGUGUUAUUAAUAACUAUAAGUCGUUUGGUGUUCUUUCUAACCCUAAUUUGCUCAGCGUUCGUUCUCGAACUGAUCACAUUGUUGAGAGCGACUCCCUCCAGGUUCCAACGUCUCAGCUGCCUUCCGAUGGUCUUGAUUCAUCCGGUAGCGAUGUGGAAGAGGACGAUUUGAAAACAGCACUAGGAAAGAAGCGCAGAGAUGGGAAAUCUGGACCUCUAAAGCCUUUGACCACAAUUCAGCGUGUUCAUGUCGGUAGGCUAAUCGAGAAAUACGGAGAUGAUUAUGAGAGGAUGUUCAUGGAUACAAAGCUGAACUCAAUGCAGCACUCAGUUGGCACUCUGGAGAAACUAUGCAAACGAUAUCACAGUUCGGGUAAGAAUCCAUUGAUAUUGACUCGUUAAAGAUAUUAUCGAUGGAACAACCCCAUCGUCUUUCAAAUUGUUUUGUUACAAUAGAUGAAUCGGAUAUGGUAUUAUGAUCAUGAAAUCUAAUGGAGCAACGUUGUUCGACCACAAGUAUAUGAGGCUUGAAAAGAUGGCUCAUUCAUUCUCUUGCUUGCAGCAGUUUUCUUCCUUUCUAGAAAAUGCUCAUAAGGACCCAUGUUUAGUAAGUGGCAUGUACAGAGCAUUUUGAUUUUGGGGAAACUGACUGUUUUGCAAAAAUUUUAGGUUGUAUGUAAUAUCUUAUAAAAAUUCCCAGAUGCAUUUUUGAUAUGUUUGAAUCCA